AUGAAGUCGUUCGCGUACCAGGCCAUUGUUUUGGCCUCCGUCCUCACCGUGGCCGUAUCCGAUCCUAUUCGGGUCGUUCUUCGAGAUGGUAUUAUCGGGCCAAAGAACAAGACCGUCGACAUAGGUUGCUACAAAGCGGUGAAACCAUUUGAGGAUCUUGGAGAAUACACUUGGCAGUCAGUUGGUUAUUGUCAGGACGAAUGCCUGAAACUGAAAAAAUCUGUCAUGGCACUUUACAAAGGCUCCAACUGCUAUUGCGGAGAUAGAAUACCAGCAGACUCGGAAAAGACGAAAGUCGAAGAGUGCAAGUUAAGUUGCCAAGGAUUUCCAGACGAGACGUGCGGAGGAUCCAAUGCAUAUCACGUUCACCUUACUGGCCUCUUGAAGGAGAAGCAGAUCCCUGUAGUUGGCGGAAGGACCUCGUCGCAGAGUACUAGCACUUCCACUUCUUCUUCGGUUCUCACAACCGGAGCAGGGGAAACGGUCGUAGUCACACCCACAUCUUCUGCAACACCAAAUGGUGGCCCGAACAAAGCUGGCAUCGCAGCUGGUGUGGUAGUUGGCGUUAUUGCUCUCGGGGCCCUAAUUGGUGGUGGGUUCUUAUACAUGAAGUACAAAAAGCGCAAAGAGGUGGAGGAGGAAUAUCGCCGCAACGCUACCAUUAGCAACUUCGUUUCUGGGGGGAAGCCAUUUAAUUCUCAGCAAUCCUCAAUGUCCGACUCCCGCCUGGAUCCAGCCAUGAUGUCACAACGACGCCAGAGCAAUGGUAGCAUCGCUGACGACCAAGAUUUUUCCAGAAGGAUUUUGAAGGUUACCAACCCGGACGGCAGUCAUUAUUAA